CAUUCCUUUGUACCUCUUAGAUUCCUAUCUAUAUAAAGAAGCCAAAAGGCACCAAAUACAAUCACACUUGCCUCUCAAAAAAAAACAUAUUACAAUUUUAUAAACUCCUGACCAUGGCCAAUAUUCAUUUGAUUUUCCCACUUUUACUUGUGUCUUGUUUCUUUUUCCCAUCCACUACAUAUGGCUACUCUAAGGCAGCCAUAAAAGCUUGGUGCAUCCAAACACCUCAUCCACAACCUUGUGAAUACUUCUUGUCACAAGAUCCCAAAUUUACAUCUCCCAUCAUAAAAAAAUCCGAUUUUCUAAAAGUGUCACUAGACUUAGCCCUAGACCGUGCGUUACGUGCCCAAACGAACACAUAUUCACUAGGUUCAAAAUGUCGCAACGACCGCGAAAAAAACGCAUGGGCCGAUUGUAUUGAACUCUAUGAACACACAAUCAACAAAAUCAAAAGCACAGUUGAUCCAAACACUAAAUGCACAGCUGCUGAUGUUCAAACAUGGUUAAGUACAGCUUUAACAAAUCUCGAAACAUGUAGAGCAGGUUUCGAAGAAUUGGGCGUAUCGGAUUAUGUUAUGCCACUAAUGUCAAAUAAUGUGUCAUCUUUAAUUAGUAACACGUUAGCUUUGAACCAUGGUUAUUAUACUGAGCCUAAUGCUGCAAGUACUACUCAAGUUGAUGGAUAUCCAACAUGGAUAUCUCCUGGUGAUAGAAAAUUGUUGCAAUCGUCGUCGUCGCCAGCUUCUCAAGCGAAUAUAGUGGUGGCUAAAGAUGGUUCGGGGAAUUUCAAGACAGUGAAAGAAUCUGUGGCUGCUGCUGGCAAGAGAAAAGGUAGUGAGAGAUUUGUGAUAUAUGUGAAGGCGGGGAUUUAUAGUGAAAAUGUGGAGAUUGGAUCAAAGGUGAAAAAUGUUAUGUUGAUUGGAGAUGGCAUUGGAAAAACAAUUAUUACUGGAAGCAAGAGUGUUGGAGGAGGAUCCACCACCUUUAAAUCAGCCACAGUUGCUGCUGUCGGUGAUGGAUUUAUUGCUCGAGGCAUAACAAUUAGGAACACUGCUGGCCCCCAAAACCACCAAGCAGUAGCCCUUCGAUCUGGCUCUGAUCUUUCAGUAUUCUAUCAAUGUAGCUUUGAGGGUUACCAAGACACUCUUUAUACCCAUUCCGAGAGGCAAUUUUACAAAGAGUGUGAUAUUUAUGGUACAGUUGAUUUUAUAUUCGGUAACGCAGCAGUUGUGUUACAAAAUUGUAAUAUUUUCGCUAGAGAUCCUCCGAAUAAGACUAAUACUGUGACAGCACAAGGCCGAACCGACCCGAACCAAAACACUGGAAUAUCGAUUCACAAUUGUAGAGUCACUGCAGCUCCUGAUUUGAAAUCUUCUAAGAAUUCAGUUAAGACAUAUUUAGGUAGGCCAUGGAAACAAUAUUCGCGUACGGUUGUGAUGAAAACGUUUCUUGAUGGAUUGAUUAAUCCUGAAGGUUGGAUGCCAUGGAGUGGUAAUUUCGCGCUUAAAACGUUGUACUAUGGAGAGUACUUGAACACUGGACCAGGUUCAUCGACUGCAAAUCGAGUUAAAUGGGACGGUUAUCGCGUUAUUACCAGUGCUACCGAGGCAUCUAAAUUCACUCCUGCUAAUUUCAUUGCUGGAAAUUCUUGGAUUCCAGCCACCAAUGUGCCAUUCACUUCUGGUCUUUGAUUUGAUUUAUAUCUUAUAAUGUCUUUGUUUAUUGUGGACUACCAUAUAUACUGAUUUGAAUUGCCAAUUUGUAAGUAACAUAGACACAAUAAUUAAUGUUGCUCAAAUAGAAAUGUGUAAUUGAGCAACUGAUUUCUAUUUGUUGUAUCCUCCUUUUGAUUUCUUGUAUUCCCAAGCUAAUUCUUUCUUUAGCAAGAAAAUUGUUGAAUUGAGAAUAUUCAUUUUAUACUAAAGUU